CCACCCAUUUCCUUGUUUUCCAUGCCUUUCAUGUUAAUGAUAUUUUACAGGGAGCAAAUGGGGGGGGGAAGAAAAAACAAGAAUGGUGACAACCUUCACAUAAGGGCAGUGACGAAAACUUGACGACUGAGGUGCCUUUUCCUUGGUGCUCGCUAUUGUUGUCGAACCGGCACCCGGCUACCUGCCAAGAGGACUUUGACGCUCCGUUUGCCCACUGUGGGCCCCAACGUGAGGAGAUGUACGCUACGCUCACGCCGGCUUCUCCCAGCGCUGCCGUAGUGGAGCGACGUUCUGCUGCAGAUGCUGUUCGUUCCGGCAGCAGAGGACAAGGUCAUUGGUAUAAAAGGGAAAUAUGUGAGGAUUUUUCCAGUAACACGUCUUCAUCGGUGCCUGAGAUAUUUAAGAUACCACUACGGUACAGUGGAAUGUUGUUUUUUGCGAAGAACUCGUUUGUUCUUUUUUCAGCUCCUCAGCAUUUUGCAUUUCUUUUUCACAUAUUGAUUUCAUUAUGCUGCAAAUGGAUUCUCUGAACGACUUGGAUGAAAUGUGUAAUGGAUCCAGAAGCCAAGUCUUGUUCUCAGAAGUUAAUCUUCAGUUCACUGUGUCCUGCUCUCCUUUUCUUGUUCCGCGUUGCCUGUUGGCGUCGUUAACGUUGAGCUGUCAGCAAGUCAGCAACCUUGGCUGGUUCUACUAUGGGAUGUUAAAGAAAGAUGCUACCUUAGUGAUUGUCAACAGUAUUGGUGCCUCCCUGCAAUCACUGUACAUCUUGACCUACUGGCACUACACUAAAAACAGGAGACAUGUGUCAACUCAGACUCUGACUGGCAUCGCUGUCCUGUGUGCGGGAUGGCUGUACUUCAGCGUGAUCCUGGGUCAGGGAGACACCCGGCUAGCCCAGCUAGGCCUCGUCUGCAGUGUCUUCACCAUCAGCAUGUACCUGUCGCCACUGACUGACCUGGUGGAAAUUAUACGUGGCGGUUCCGUGGAGCGCCUGUCCUUCCCUCUCACUGUAGCCACCAUGCUCACCUCUACCUCCUGGACUCUAUAUGGCCUCCAACUUCAAGACUUCUACAUCAUGGUACCCAACAUGCCUGGCAUCUUAACAAGUCUCAUCAGAUUUUACCUGUUUUGGAAGUUUGCGUCAACUAAUCAAGACAAGCCCUCCUACAAAACGUUACAGAUUUGACUGUUUUAGGAGGAUUCCCCCAGUGCCUGUUUUGUCUUCAUGGUGACAUCACCCCUACCUUUUGGGAACUACCUGUCAAUAUGUUUGCAGAAGCGAAGACAUUGUGUUAACUAACAAAGAUGGAUCGGUCUUUCUUCUUCUUGUAUAGUUGAAAUGGUUCAGGUGGAAUUCAGCUCUUCGUACUCUUUAAUAUUAUUGGGAACCAUGGCCAGCAGUGGGACUGAAAAUGACAGUGGUACUUUGUGGAAUCCUGUUGGUGAAAUGAAAUGUCUUUGCUAAGUUGCUGUUACUGUUGUAACAAUCAAGUUUUUAAUUCUUAUUUUUAUAUACAUCUAUUUAAUAUAAUGGUGGUGCAAUGAAAUCUGAAAGAAAGUAUGAUGGGAAAGCAGAUCGGUGUUUGGUACAAAGGAUGAUGAAAAUACACAAAAUUUAUAUCUCUUGUCAGUGAUUGAUUUUUCUGAAUUGUAAGUCCCAAUAUUACAGAACUGCAUCAGUAAUACCCACCUCACCCCAAUAUAACAUGAAAGUCAAGUUGUAUAGCUAAAGGACAAGGAUUUGUGUGAGUUUUAUGUGGCUAUAUUUGUCCCCAUGAAUCGAUGAAGGUCAGUCUUUGCACGAAACUCAUUCUAUCAAAGUGUGAUACAUACAGGGUACAUGCAUGGCUAAAUGUAGUAGGAAUUCCAAAUUCCUUAGCAUUCUUUACAACUUUUGCACAGUGCUUAA